GGAUGUCAGGCAAUAAGAUUCCCCCCUACAAGAAGGGCCAUGAGCGAUGGAAUACUGAUUCGCAGCUGUUUCAACGACGGAAGGCUCCCAAUCUCAGGUGGUAAAUGUGUAAUCCCGCUAGGCAGGGACAUGCUGAGCGGCGUCAGCUGCUGCAGACAGCUGAUGGUACAGCUUAUGAAUCCAGAACUUCGGGUACCGACUUUUGGUCACAAAUACUUCCAGGUCCACCAAUCGCGUGCACUGGGUGAAAUUUGAAGAAAUGCUGCUGCUGCUGGUCAGGGAAUCGGUGGACGAAUCGGUGGAAGAAUCCGUGGGAGAAUCGGCGGAGAUGCUGAGGUGACUUAAGGACGAGCCGCAUCCGAAGGCGAUGGCGUUGAGAAGCGCGUCGGCUGCGUGAAGCCCGAGAUGCAGAUGACGGAGGCUGGGGAAGCGCGCGGGAGAGGGAGAGGGGGAGGAAGACGUAGAGGGACGGGAAGGAGCGACGACGGGGACGACGGGGUUGGCAGGAGCGCGGACGCGAGCAGUCGCGAGGAGAUGCGGCGGUUGCUUCGAACGACGAUGGCGGGAUGCACGGAUCGAGCCACGCGGAGCCAUCGCCGGGAGACGAGCGCGUGAUGGAAGACAACCAGCGGCUUCAAGGGUUCACGCAAAGCGGAGGAUGCUAUCCUAGGGACUGCUUUAGCAUCAUCAUCGCGGAGAGGGUCGUCAGAUCGAGAAUCCUGGUCGGGGUCUCGUAACGCGUCCAUAAUCUUCAGACGCAGGAUGUCGGGGCAAUUCUGGCCGUUGGAUGUACGACAUGUAAAAUCCGUGCCGUUGGAUGCCACGCGCAGCAGUGUGUGACCAAGAAGAUCGUCAGAAAGCCGCGAAAACACGUCAGCAUGCUCCUCCACGCGCGCCUGAGAAUUCGAUAGCCGCUCCGGCUGCUGCUGAUGGUGGUGGCAGUGUUGAGACACCGACUGGCUGGAAGUAGCCUUUUCUCCGGUCCUGGACGUCCCAAAGGCGUUUCAAGCUUCUCGAGCUCGACGUCUCUCGCGAAUCCGGUUUCCAGAAGCUAAGAACCGUCCAGGUCUUGAUGUGGCGGUCAAAGCAUUUCAACUGUGAGACGCUUGUGAUCCAAAAUGCGAAACAAAAACGACCUUCACUCCUCAGUCAGGAGCUAUGGAAAUGUUGUAUGGAGAUACCAAGGAUGCCGCUGGUUGCAGCAGGACUGCCAUGGCUAGACCUGCUUGUUGGCAGGAAAUCGCUGACGGCGGCAUUGGAGGUGGAAAGGGAAAGCCUCCGCCGUCAAAAUGGCGGUGCGAAGCGGCAAUUACGGGACAAACGAGGAUGCCUGCAUGUCCCAUGCGAACCAGCUGGACGGGGAUGUGACCGUGAGCCAGCUCAAUAAUCACUCCGACCACUCCAACUUGUCCUUGGUGAAUUAUGCAUAAAACAUUAAAGAUGCUAUUGAAACCAAUUACACUCGCGCCUACUUCUCUGAGAGAGACUCCUUCACAUCCUCUGCAACAUCCUCCACAAACGACUUGAGAGCUGCAAGCUCACGGUCACCCUCAUAGUGCUCACGGAACUUGCCACCCACAAAGAGCUUCAGAGUGGGAUAUCCACGAAUCUGCCACGAAUACAAGGCACGGCGAAGAGGAGGUUACCUAGUUUGUUGGAGACAGUGCAGUCCACGUGUGCAACUACCACCUCCGGGGGAGCAGACUCAGACAACUCCUCCCAGGCAGGAGCAAGACGCUUGCUGAGCGAGAGGACCAGGAGGAAACGAGCGGAUAAGUUCAGCGAUUGAGACGAGAGUCAUGUCGGCUGAUUUACGAGAAAUGAGACUUACCAGUGGCCACACCAUGGCGCAAAGUACUUAAUG